UCGUUCUGUAAUCGUGUCCUUUUUAGACAAGCGUCAUCUUUCUUGGAUUCCUUCUAAAUUUGUAGCGAUUUGUGUACAGCACUGCUGCCCAUUUGACGUGGACUUCAGUUCGAGGAACAGUUGAAGUUUUCUUCUUUAGCUGAAAUCCAAAGUGCAACUUAAAAUGCCUGGACCAGCAUCAAGUGCAACUAAUGUCGGUGCAGGGAGCCGAUCCCCAGCAAGACAGUGGCCCCCGCGCAGCAGGAUCCACAGUCCGACAGAGGAAAGCAACGAGCAGUGGCACACGCAGUGCAGGCAGGACCACAGCGUCAGCGGGCGGCACAGGGGGCAUGUGGCGCUUCUACACUGAGGACUCACCAGGACUCAAAGUAGGUCCAGUACCAGUGCUGGUGAUGAGUUUGCUGUUCAUCGCGUCGGUCUUCAUGCUGCACAUCUGGGGGAAGUACACCCGCUCCUAAACCCCGUCCCAUGACCCUCACCCUCAACCCCC